AUUUAGAAACUGACUUAUUAAUUGCGAAAAACAAAGAGGCAGACACAAGGACUAUAUUACAUAUAUUGCCUGCUAAAAUGGAAGGAUUUUUUGUUACUAUUGGCCCAUUUCAAAGAUAUAUUGACGCCGGAAACUUGGAUAAAAGUUGGAAGCAAAGAAACGAAAGAUUUACAGCAAUCCAUGAAUUGAAAAUGGAUAGUUCAAUGGCAAAAUGUCUACCAACGUUUCAUCCACUGACAGAUUAUGAUACAACCAGUCAGUUUGCAGGAAUAGGCAAAAAAACAUGCUGGAAAGUGUUUUUAUCACACCACAAUCUACUUAGUUAUGUUAGCAUAAAUGACAAUUUAGAAGAAGAUUUUAAUAAAAUGGUUAAUUUAGAAAGACCAAGUGUUCAAGAAAAGAAUAAUCUUACCAGAAUAUGUGGCAAAAAAGUUGAACAGACUUGGACAAGACACAAUUGGGUGGAUGAUAUGGAAUAA